GUGAUAGGUCAGGGAUCAAGCAUACUGACUAAACCUGUGCGCUGCUGUCUCUUUAAGGCGUUCAGCAGCACUGAUCUGGGCCCGAGUAGUGGUCACAAUGAAGUAGAAAUCACAGCUCUUUCGCUACUAAUCUUCAGUCACAACAACACCAGCUCUUCACCUAUUCCUGCCACACAUUUAAGGCUGACGUCACAACUAGCCAACUCACCUGUUGCUGAAAUCUCACCCUCUUUUGUCAGUGAUUCUGUCACGCUCGGCGAUUGACAAACUAAACGACUGCCUCUGACUUUUCUCUCUCACUCCCAUGCAUUUCAGUGUCCUAUAUAUGUAGCAAUCAACAUAAAGCUUCUUGAAAUAAGAACAGGAGCACCAUGCAAAUGUAACAAGUUGUCAGAGUGAAUUAGAAUGUAGUGCAUGCAGUAACUUUGUCCUUUAAGUCAGUGUGAUGUGUGUUUGUCCCUCUGGGGCUUGUAGUAUACUCGUAUGUGCCGGCAGCGCUUGUCAGCUUCUGUGAAAACAUGACUUACUUUGAAUAAAAAUAGACUGUUCUGCUUCUGCAUUCUUAUUUUAUUAGUCGUAUAAGUUUAGGGCGAACCCAAGAAAAAUGCAUGUUUACACAAUCACAGUCGACAGUCAGCAUUUGUGCUGUUUGGAUGAGAUUUGAGGAGGACAAUAGCAAGUCAGUGAAUCAGUUUGGUGAAUCCGAGCUUAACGUUCACUGGCACAUGGGUCCUGCAGACUAACUAGGGCUGUGCCAAUACAAUCAUGAAUCAUGAUUCUUUUUCCCAUGAUAUUGCAUUGAUACUUCAGGAUCCUACAGUUGAAUUAAUGGAGAAGCAAGUCACCCAAAAAGCUGAAACUCUGAAACUAGUGUUUGUAACUGAGGUCAGAGCUGCUUUUAUGAGAUGUGGUUCAAAAGCGAAGUGACCUGCAUGAGAGACACUAAGAAAUCGGCUAGUGUGAUGCCAGCUUAUAAAACACUGUCUGUUUAUAUCUCUCUUCCUCAGUUUACUCCAGAGAAUCUCAUGCCUGUGGACACAGAGGGCUUCACCCAUCUUCCUCCCGAGCAGCGCAGGAAACGCUUGCAGCAGAAGAUCGAUGACAUCAGCAAGGAGCUGCAGAAGGAAAUGGAUCAGAGUGAGGCUUUGGGUAAAAUGAAAGAUGUCUAUGAAAAGAACCCUCAGAUGGGAGAUCCUGCCAGUUUGGCACCUCAGAUCACUCAGACGGCACAAAACAUGGAAAGACUGAGAGGAGAACUCAGCAAAUAUGAGUCCUGGCUCGCAGAAGCAGGGGGCCGAGGAGACUCGAUACGAUACUCGACGCACUCUCUGAACAAUAACGGUGCUCAUAACCCCAGCAG